GAUCAGAUCUUGAGUUUGCAGCUGAUUCUUCCCUCUCUUCCUGCUUGGGCUUGUUGGGUGUGUGUGUGUGUGUUGCCGUCGCCCUCUUUGCUCCUCAGGCCAUCCUUUAGUUGGUCGAUCCCAGGCCGAUCUCUCUUCCUUGGUUUAUUUCUUUCCCCCGCACACAUUCAGUGGGGCUGGAAAGAUCUUCGCACCCUUAGGAAAGAAGGACCUGGCGCAAACCCAGUUGUUAGGAAUAGGGAGUUAUGUUGGCCUAGUCAACUUGGAAGGAAGUCUUCUUGGCUGAUUGGGGUUUAUUUUUCAGUAGGCAGGGAAGGGCACUGCGCCCAGAGGAAAUGAAGAGGGCCGUUUUUCAGAGAGUUCAGCAUCCUGAACUCUCCAACAGGUCUGAGAACCCAAUUUCUUCGGCUCUCUGGGAGCUGAUGCCUGGCGUCUGAUUUACUUAGGAGGAAACGGUCCUAGAGUGAUGCUCCUUCUCUUAAGAAAGUCGGGCCAUCCCGUCAGCGAUCCUCAUUUUCUAGUGCAAACGUCUUCAAGAUAGGAUAGUGGUAGCCUCCACGGCUGAUCGCCUGAUCUUCGUUAGAACUCGCUCCGCCAGAAGUUGCGAACUUCCAAAUUGAAUUGGUAUUUUCACAAUCAGCCUUUAAAACCUUGGCAGUGAACAUCUGGAAAACAUCUGGAAAAGCAUGCAAGGAACCGAGACCCGAUUUACCCUCUUUAUUUCAAGAUCUAAAACUUGAGGGAUAGAGGUUGCACGCCAUCCUCACCGUCCGAUCAGCACCCGCUGAAUCUAACCCGAUCCAAAGUUGGGCAGAUGCCUCUUGAAGGCGGAAAAGGACGCUUUGAUGGACUUAGUGCUGAACCGCAAAUGACAUUUAGGCCUGAUUCACACGACCCGUUCAACCCGUCUGUGAUUGAUUUGGUUAGCGGGUUGAGUGAACUCAACACUUGAGGCGUGACAAGGGUGGUGGGGGGCUCGAAUGGUUGGCGAACACCAGCCAAUGGUGGUUUAUUCAAUAAUACCCUGUUAUCCAAACCAUGGCUUACAACAAUGUGAGAAAGGCGGUUAUGCUUGGAUCUGGAGUUCAAGUCAAACUCCGUUGAAAAGAUCGUGCUAAACAAGUGAACUCAACGGGGCUCUUUCGAGCAAGGGCUAGGCUAGGGAAACCCAAUUAAUGGACCUUGAUAUCCGAGUCAUGCAACGUAAGGGGUCAUCUCUGCACUUCUUGACUUAGAAGGCCACACCAGUCUUAGGGUGUUAAGUGCCUGGAAGCUGAGUAACUUGGCUUGGGUGAGUGACUAAAGGGAAGUAAAGCGGAUGCGGGCGGAUCCAUAGGCUGAAUUCACCCAGCACAGCCAAGACGCGGCUUAAUCCAUCCUGCUUCCUAAAAUCAACCAACAUUGCCUGGUUUCUCAGAUCGGGCGAUUUCCCAAACUGGCGGGGCUUCACGGAACCACCACGAGUCAAAAGCAAACAAAAGCAAACACUUGAGACUUUCCUGUGUUGUGUGAACUGGGCCACUGAGACGGAGCUGGCAUCUGAAAGCAGGCACGGCAGGAAACGCCCGCUUUGAACCGCUCGAUUCGCCCAGGCCUGCUCUCCAUCCAGGCUGGCUUCUCAGCCUUAAGAUGGGAAGCGACGCCUGCUGAGUUCAGGGACUCCCUGGACUCGGGGAUCGCCCUUCGCAGCCAACCUCCGGCUUCUCCCGAUGAGGCAAAGGGCGCCCGCGCGAUCCUUCCCCACGGAUUAAAAGUAGGCGCCCUUUGCGAGGGGAGAUUCCCUUCUAAAGAGUGACAGGAAGAGAAUCAAAGAGAGGAUCUGCGGGAGAAGUUUGAAUGAAGCCUCAAAAGUUUGCAGCCAUCCGGACUUGGUGAGGAGGGGCUGGCAACGGACACAUUGCCCCCAAAACUCCAUCGCUCCCGAAACCGAGAGGUCUCUCCCUCCGAAUCACUCGAAUUGCCGCCGCUGGGAACCGAACAAGCCAUAAAGAACCCAAACCACAAGCCACCGACGGACAACCGAGUUCUUUGCUCGUUCCUGCGCCCCCAGCACGCUUUAACUUUCACCGCCGCCGAGAAAAUAAAGUCCUACCCCGGAGUAAAAAAAAAACCCUUUGGACUCCGCGGAGAGGGGCUUCGGCAGGACGGCAACAGGGACUGGGAAACUUUCCCCCCCGCCCCCCGAGAGCCUUGCAAAUCUACCCUUGGCCUCCUCAGGAGUCACCGGAGCGCCAGGGAGGUUGGAAAGCAGAGGAAGCCGUUUUUGCGUCAGAUGCAGCGGGAAUUGCACGCCGAGAAAAGGGCCGGUAAAUUCCCCCAUCCUCCCCGAGGCGCAAAGAUGAGCUGAAGCAAAAAAAGUUUGGCUUGGAUGCCAGGGACAGGAUAUUUGGGUCUAUUCUUCAACGGAGUAGAUACAAGUCCUUUCCUCCCUCUCUUGAGGGGUAAAGUUCUCCCUUCGGAGAAGAAAAGGCAGGGUCGACUUUCGCCGAGGGGUGCUGGGGUCUCUCUCGUGUAUGAGGAGCCUCAAACCUUCGGGCAGGUCUUCCCACCUGGGGCCAUAUAACCAUACAGCAGCAGCAGCUCUCAAGUCUCCGGAGGAAAAUAAAAGAUCCCCAAACUCUCGUGGAAUCUCUGGCGGCGUGGCUUUGUCUCGAGCCCACUUCGAAAAACAGCCUCCCUCCAACUUGAGGAAAUCCAACUUUUUCCACUUCGUCUUGGCUCUCUACGACCGCCAGGGCCAGCCCGUGGAAAUCGAGCGGACGGCGUUCGUGGACUUCGUGGAAAACGACAAAGAGCAAGGCAAUGAAAAAACAAAUAAUGGGACACACUACAAAUUGCAGCUUCUGUACAGCAAUGGUGUCAGAACUGAACAAGAUCUAUUUGUCAGACUCAUUGAUUCAGUCACAAAACAGCCAAUUGCCUAUGAAGGACAAAACAAGAAUCCAGAAAUGUGCAGAGUUCUGCUCACCCAUGAAGUUAUGUGCAGUCGUUGCUGUGAAAAGAAGAGCUGUGGAAACCGUAAUGAGACUCCCUCAGAUCCCGUGAUCAUUGAUAGAUUCUUCUUAAAAUUCUUCCUCAAGUGCAACCAGAACUGUCUGAAGACCGCCGGAAACCCUCGAGAUAUGCGACGAUUCCAGGUUGUGUUAUCAACAACAGUGAAUGUUGAUGGGCAUGUCCUGGCAGUAUCAGACAAUAUGUUUGUUCACAACAACUCAAAACAUGGGCGAAGAGCAAGGAGACUUGAUCCUUCAGAAGCCACUCCAUGCAUCAAAGCUAUUAGUCCAAGUGAAGGAUGGACCACAGGCGGAGCUAUGGUGAUCAUUAUAGGGGACAACUUUUUUGAUGGGCUUCAAGUCGUAUUUGGGACCAUGCUUGUGUGGAGUGAGCUGAUCACCCCACAUGCCAUCCGUGUCCAAACACCUCCUCGUCACAUCCCUGGUGUGGUUGAAGUAACAUUAUCGUACAAAUCCAAACAAUUUUGCAAAGGAGCUCCUGGUAGAUUUAUUUAUACAGCUUUAAAUGAGCCGACCAUAGACUAUGGUUUCCAAAGACUCCAGAAGGUCAUCCCGAGACAUCCAGGUGAUCCAGAACGACUAGCAAAGGAGAUGCUUUUGAAACGAGCAGCUGACCUAGUUGAAGCACUCUAUGGGACACCACAUAACAAUCAGACCAUUCAUCUCCCUCAAGGAGAGCUAUUUCGGAUGUCAAAAGUUGAUGGAGUUGAGGACAUUAUUCUGAAGCGAGCUGCUGAUAUUGCGGAAGCUCUUUACAGCGUCCCAAGAAAUCCAGGCCAGAUCCCUGCUUUGUCCAGCUCUCCUGCUCACAGUGCCAUGAUGGGCAUCAACUCCUAUGGCAGCCAGUUGGGAGUCAGCAUCUCUGAGUCCACACAAGGGAAUAAUCAAGGCUACAUCCGUAACACAAGCAGCAUAUCCCCACGAGGUUAUUCCUCCAGCACGACCCCUCAGCAGUCUAAUUACAGCACCCCCAGUAACAGCAUGAACGGCUACAGCAAUGUCCCCAUGUCCAACCUGACUGUUCCCAGUUCACCUGGAUUUAUUAACGGUUCUCCCACAGGAUCGCCCUAUGGCUUGAUGUCUUCAAGCCCCACAGUUGGUUCUUCAAGCAGUUCCUCCAUCCUUCCAUUCUCCUCCUCUGUCUUUCCUGCUGUCAAACAAAAGAGUGCCUUUGCUCCUGUCAUCCGACCCCAGGGGUCCCCUUCCCCAGCGUGCUCCACUGGCAAUGGAAAUGGGUUUAGAGAUCUGUUCCAAUACAGUGAUUUUCAGUUGAAUCAAGUUACUCCAAAGAAGCUCAGCGCGGGUCCUGAAGAUGUAACUUUCUCCAGGCUAAGUGACAUGUCAGAUUAAAUCAAAUAUUUAUCAUUGUCAUAGAACAGCAUCAAGAGGGCAAAUUGUAUUUUUAAUACAAUUAAAUGUAUUAAAUGUAUUAAUGUAUUUUUUAAUACAAUAAAAAAAUAUAAUAGAUACAUCAAGGUCUUGGUAAUAAUAACUUUAAAAGCUAAAAUAUUUAAAAAUGAAUGUAUAUAUAAGAACAAGAGUCUAAAAAGACUACAAAAGCAGGGGCAGGAACUUUAGAUAGCGGUUAGUAUGUGGCAGACUAUAUGAAAUUAUAGAGCAUUUUAGUAUGAUAAACUAAAGGUUCGUUUAAUCUACUUUAUGGUACAUCAUGUAGCUUUCUCUAGCCUAAAUAACAUGUUUAUACUGAGGACUGGGAGAAAACAUAGGAGUCCAUUUCCUGGGGCUAUCUCACAUGGUACUACUGACACUGGUGAAUGCCAUCUUUCCAGAACUUCAAAGGAACAUUUCCCACCUUCCCUGUAGAUAGAAUUCAAUCUGGAGCUUUUGGCAAACAAAACAGAUUGUAAAUAUCCAUUUGGAUGUAAUGAGGUCUACUCUUUGGUCAGGAAGGUCAUAAGUUCCUAUCAAGUUUACCUGGCCUCUGCAGUGAGCCAGAUGUUUAUGUGUUCUGUGCCCGUCCCACACACGCACCCCCACAGACAGCCUGGAGUUAAUAAGCCACACAACAAAAUCUUUGAAUAUAAAGCUGGCAGCAACCCAGUGGCUAGCCAAGACUUUACUCACACAAAACAAAGAUUAGACUGCAAGCAUUCCGAUAAAGCAGGCAAAGUUUCAGCAAUACAAGGAUUAGUCCAAAUGCAGUCCGACAAGGCAGGCAGAACUCCAGUAACGCAGAGAUCAUGGAUUAUUUCUAGUUUUUGCUCAUCACAAACUGAACCGGCCACCACACCCACAUUUAUACUUGUGGGGUGUGGUCCAGUGACUCACUAAUCUCUGGCACGCCUUCCCCUCUGCUGCUCACUCUUCCCCCUGUGCCACUGCCAAGGAUCCAGCCAGCACUUAUCUCCUUCAUCGCUGUCCACCUGUGGCUGCGGGGACGUGCUUGGCUCUGGGCCUAUCUCUUGGCCUUCGGUGUCCUCCGGAGGCAUUGCCAGAGAGGAGUGUCCUGGAGAGGGAGGCCUUGCCAACUCCUCUCCCUCACUCUCAGAGUCUGCAUCUGUCGAUAGCCCAGGCUCAGGCAACGGAACCACAACAAUGUGUUUAUCCUCCUCCUUUCCCCCCACCUAGCAUUAUAUCAGACUUUGAAAGCUCAAAGCAGCCUAAGUCCUAGUGAGAUAAUCAGAGUGUGGUGUCCAAGCUUCCAUCUGCCAUCUUGAACCCAAGGUAGAAAUAUGCAUUAGGUUCUCUACUUCUCAAUGAUCCAACUAUCCAUUUAGAGCAGGGGUGGGCAGCUAUGGCAACUGAAUGACCUAUGGACUUCAACUCCCAGAAUUCCUGAGCCGGCAUGGUUAUCAUAGUUGCCUACCCCUGAUUUAGAGCAAAAAUCCCAGUCUUUUUCAGAAUCAUAGGGCUGGGGAAAGGCAGGCCAUUUUAUUAUUUAGCACUAAACAUGGGGCUCUUCACACAUGCUAGAAUUGAGUUGAGCAUACCUCAGGACAAACUUAGUUAAUAAAAUAAUGGAUUUUUGCAUUCUAAAAGCAAUUUAGGUUAGCAAUUCCAUUGUUUAGCCAUGCUAAAAUGUAAAAAUUGAUAGUCGUAGCAUGUCAUUUAGUAUACUUUCUGGAGAGAGAAGAGAAGCCAACAGCAUGAGGAGUCAUCCGCAUUCAAGAUCUCCUUGCCAGCUUCCUAGAGACAUCACCUAACUAGCGAUUGUGUCAAGAGGAUGUUGGAUUAGGUGAACCACUCUGGAUUUUCACCUGUUCUGCAUAGCAUUUGCAUGACUUUAUUACCAAUCCUUGACGAAGAACAUACUGCUUGAUGGUUCUCAUUAAUGUUACCCAAGGGAGGAAACCUAUUUGAAACUUGGCUCCCUGAGUGGUGUUGGGAAAGACAUGUGGACACCCUUAGAUGACCUGUCUAGUGCCAGGCGUUCCUGCUUUUCACUCCCUGUAUGCCAUCUGCUCUAAUUUUUUUUUGGCUCCGCAGCCAGGCAAGGUAGGUUAGGAACGGUAGGGCCUCGUCUUUGUCAGCAACUCCAAAUGGAUUGCAGGUGUCCUGAUCGGAGACGCCUGGCACUGAUUUUGCGUUGGACGUUUAGCCUGCUUAAAAAUAGUGUGGAGAAGAUGUAAUGUGACAUGACGCAAAGCGGAGUGAUGAGUACCCCGGUGUCUAAUCACCUCAGCACAGAUGGAAAGCAGCAAAUUGGAAACUGCUGGAGCCGUGCAAAUGGUUAAGCCACCUUUGCCUGUGGCUACUUUGUUCCUCUAAACAGGAAAACCAUCCCUACCGUUUCUGAGGCCUCAUCUUUGAAUGCUGUUGUUGCUUCUCUUGCUAUAAGAAAGCCUUUCAUUGGUCAAGAGAGCAGGUAGCCCUGAUGGGCCCUACCAAGCUUUGCUGUGAUUUGGUUCAGUUGGAAUUUCAGAAACAAACCAGCUUUCCAAUUUGGAUUGGCCAUCUGAAUCUGUCUUUUUGAACUAGACGCUCCAAACCAGAUUGACAGUUUGGAUCAAACUGCGUUCUCCAAAUUUUAAUAGGACUUUCUAAAUCGAAGCAGCUUUAUAGUUUUGCGUGAAAGAGAGCGUGGGAUAAUGAACUGGAGCACAGGCGAUGUUUUGUUCAAGGCUUUGUGGGCAGGAACAAGGCAGGAAGACAAUUCUGAGGUUGUAAAAUAGAUUGGAUCACUUCAGAUUUGCAGGAUAGAAGGGAGAUCCAUUGCUGGGUUUCUGAAGCACGCUUGACCAAGUCUUAAUGAUCCAGUCUCUGCAUUUGCAGAGCACAUUAAGUGCAGUCGUUAUUAAUGUUCAUUAAAGAUUUGUCUUGGGUAGAUUCUGCUGUUUGGUUAGUUUAUAAUUCAGUGUAUGUGAAAAUCUAGAAGAUGUAUUAAUUUAGAUGUAUUAAGAUGUAACCAAUUUAUGUAUCAGGUAUGAAUGUAACUUCCAUUUUUAAGCGUGGGAGUGUGUUACCUUAAUAAUAGUAAUGGUAACUAUUUCUAUUAAAAUUGAGAUGCUAA